AUGGCGUCCUCUACACCCUCAAAGAAGCAGCAGAAGGGCAAAGUGUCAAGCUACAUGAGGACCCGUAGAGACACCGCUGCGAGCCAAGGUAAAGAUCCCCUUGCUUCAGCCCCGACUGGCGCCUCUGCGGCAGGAAACGCCAUCUCUGUGGAUGGUGAAAAUCCGGGGACAGCUCCUCCAGGGCCCGACCCCCCCGGUAGCUCUGGCCCAGACACAGAAUUGGGACAUGCUAGGCCCGACGCGGGCAGCCAGCCCUCGAGAGGCGACAGCAGGGCCCCUGGGCAGAGAGAACACAGUAGAAAGAGGAAGCAGUCCAUCCGGUGCCCAACUGCAGGAAUACCGGGGCAGCUUCAGCUUCCGGAAGCUCCAGAGCCCCGUGCGCCUCAGCCUCCAUCUUCUCCGAUGUCUCGGCCAAACUGCCGCCUCCAGUCUGAACUUUCAGUGAGGGGCCAAGAAGCCCCAGGACCUGCCCUCAGGAGAACUGCCACCAAGUCAGGUCUUGUGGCUCCUCCUGCUCUUAAGGCCCUCGGCCUAGCUGUUAAGCCUGACUGUAGUCCUUACAGAAGGGCACCUCAGUCCAGCUCUCAUGGCAGCGGCCACGUCUCCCCUGCUGGCGACAAUCUCUGUCAGAAGGACACUCGGAGGGGUCCUGAUGAUGUCCUUUGCCAUAGUGAAACUGAGUCGAGCUCUGAUCCCAAGGCCAGUGUUGUCGGAAGCAGGGUUCUCCGCUCACGAGUUGUAGCAUCUGUUCCUCAUAGGAGAGCCUUGGAGGCCAGCCCUACUGUUCGUCCCGGUGCCACAGGUCGAAAUUUGCACUCUCAAGCCGCUCAGCAGGAUCCCGUUCUUCACAGCAGUAGGCUGAGGUCCAGGCCUGAUAGGGGCAGCAGCCCUGCCACCGGACGCAAAGCCAGUAGUUCAUCCAGGCCUGCCUCUAGCCAUCGAAGCCAUGAAGCAGUGACAAAGCCAGACUGUGAGAGAUCCUUUAGAACAAUCUCAAGAUCUCCUCCAAGGCGGCCAGUCCGUAUGCGGGCCUCUUCCCCUUCCCCUCCUAGUAGGCGUUACUCCUUUCCUGUCCUGUAUAACGAAGGUCCCAGCUCUUCAUCCUCCAGUGGGGAGUUCAAUGGUUCAAGUCCGCAUUCUUACUUCACUAGGUCACCUGGCGAGGGCUCCUAUCCUCUGUUUGAUGCCUUAUGCUCUGGUUCUGGUCCUAGUCCAAAUGCCGUUUGGCAUGCCUUGAUACCUGACCUAGAUAAUCUGUUCUCUUCCACUUCAGGAGAGUCAGAGGGAGAAGUAGAGGAAGUCCCUCACUCUACUAAAUAG